AUGCGAAUGGCGGUGGUGGAACCUCUGCGGUCGAGGAAAUUGGCCAAAGUGGGAGAGCGACCGCUCCCAGCGGAACUUGGUGUCAUUUCCGAGCCAUGAGCGGUGCCCGACCCAUUUACUUUGGUCGGAGUCGCCGGGGGCGAUAGGGGGAACUGGAUCGUCGGGAUGCCCUUCGUGCCCAAGCCGCCCACGCCGUACGAGUUCUUGGUCGGGGACACUGGGGGCUGGAAACCGUGCUGGGGCAUCUUGGGGGUCGUGGAGGAUUGCGCGACCGAUGUCCGCCGACGGCCGCUGAAGGGAUGCAAUGCUUGCUGCGUAUCUCGGGUUGACGGCGGCGCGGCACUCGCGGAGGCUCUUCCUGGACCGCGACGAACCCAGGCAUGA